ACAUUUUGAUUAACAUGACAUAAGCAAUUGAUAAUGUAGGAAAGAGCAGAGAAUUGUACAUAAUCAUUUGCAUGAAUGUACCAAAGCAUUCGCAACUUGUUCAAAUAAUUGAGAAACUGAUUUUCUGAUGUGCACAAGUGACACAAUGAUGUGAAGAUUGAACAGGUAGUUUUGAGAAUUUCAAUUCUAAUCUGAAAAAUGUACCAAAGCGACUGAGAAAAACGAAUAGGUAUUCUUUUAACCGUAGCCAGGCCUAUAUUGUAAAAUAAAGUCCAAUGUUUGAUUCACGUCAUCGGAGGCAUUGGUCUGUCAUCCCCUUCUGCCCCCUCCCUUAUAGGCCUACUGUUCAGACUGGAUGGGGGGAUUUAGAACCAGCCUCCCUCCUAUGGGCGGGGGUCCUAGGAGUUGAACCCAUUACAGCAGGGUCAUCUGAGGAGAACGCGACCCCCUAAUGUGAAGGAAUGGACCUCAGCUAGCUGACGUGCACCAAGGGGAGAACCAGCCGCUCUGUAACCUCGUCCCAAGUGCGAUCUAAGGUCAUGUGCUCCUUGUUGGUAUCUGAAGAUGCACUAAGGACUCUGGGCCACUGGGUUUCAGAUCCAGUGAUGGCGUAUCAACUAUUAAACGAUGUGAUAAUCUAUCAGUCUAGACUAGACCGCUGAGUCCCGAACACCUCAGGUGGGGGUCGGCUUUUGGCGCAUUGCUUGAGAUACCUUCUUUAUGCCCCCAGUACGUGAGUUUGAUCCAGACCGUGCACUGUGGUAAAUGUGUUACAGCUUGAUCCCCGCGUUGAUUUACCUUGAUGUUCAGGUCGGGAGGCGCGCGCUGUAAAAUAGGGAAGAUAGGGUUCAUUUCCCGCCCCUCUCGCGGGUGCUGAUCCGGUAAUGGGAUGAGUCCGUCUGAGCUCGAGCAGGUCAACAUAUUCUGCGCGCGAGGCGCGAGCUACACGGGCUGAGCGAGACUGAAGUCAUCCUGCAUCAAGGAGCCGCGCGCUCACAGCGACACGGCGGGACCGCGCGUCGCGUGGUCGCGCCUAAGACUCGCAGAGGAAAGAAGCCGACGCGCAUUGAUGGGUGCGGAUCCCCGACGGACCGCUCCAGACCCGACCCGCCAGACCCCUCGUCCGCGUGCUCCAGGCCGGCAAUGCUCGCGCUGAAGGAAACGGCUUCUGUCGAGACAUCCGGGAAAAGCGGCCACGCGCCGCGUGCGCAGUGCGUGGAGAUCCGCGAGGACUCGGAGCUUCUUCAUCUUGGAGCGCCUUCAGAGACCGCCUCGCCCCGGGUCAUGGGCGCGUCGACGCGGCUCUCUGUCUUAACGUGUGGACGAGGCGUCAGGGAGCAGAGAGUGAGACCCGAGCGGGUAUGAUCCGUUAAGAGUUCAGACGAGAGGCCGCUAUCCCCGCAUCAUGGCUGAUCAGAGCAACAUCCAGUCCGCCGCGUCCAAGAGCAUCAGGCCCUUCAAGUCGAGCGAGGAGUACCUGUACGCCAUGAAGGAGGACCUGGCGGAGUGGCUUAACACGCUGUACGACCUGGAUCUCAGCGCGGACACCUUCGCAGACGGGCUGGACGGCGGCUGCGCGCUCUGCCGCCACGCCAACAACGUCAACCGCGCAGCGCUGGACUUCCAGCGGGAGCGGCCGGAGGCGGCGCGGCCCCUCAGGAUGCCCAGCAAGGACGUCGUGUUUCAGUCCCGCAACGUGGUCUCCGGGUCGUUUGUGGCGCGGGACAACGUGUCCAACUUCAUCACGUGGUGCCGACAGGAGCUGUGGAUCAAGGACGUGUUGAUGUUCGAGACCAACGACCUGGUGGAGCGAUGCAACGAGAAGAACUUUGUGCUCUGCCUCCUGGAGGUGGCGCGGCGGGGGGCCAAGUUCGGCAUGCUGGCCCCCAUGCUGAUCCAGCUCGAGGAGGAGAUCGAGGAGGAGAUCCGGGACCAGGAGACCCGGGCUCAUCCCCGGGAGCCGGAGGAAGCCGGGGACCCUGGGCAGCAGAGCCCCCCGGCCAGGCGCUACAGCCAGAAGGAGGUCCCUAAGAGUUUGAGUUUGGAGGAUGAAACUGAUGAGGCGCAAUUUGUGUGGCAGCAGAAAAGAGUUUUAUUGGACAUGAGAAACCUGGACGAGCUGGUGCGUGAGAUCCUGGGCCGCUGCUCCUGCCCCGGUCAGUUCCCCAUGACCAAGGUGUCGGAGGGGAAGUACAAAGUUGGAGACUCCAGCGCCUUGAUCUUCAUCAGGGUCCUCCGUACCCAUGUGAUGGUGCGCGUGGGGGGGGGCUGGGACACCUUGGAGCACUAUCUGGACAAGCAUGAUCCCUGCCGCUGCGCUGCCUUUGCUCACCGCUACCACCAGGCUAAGGCCAGCAACCAGGGCCAGGGAGGCCACAGCAAGUCCUCCAGCGCCCACUCCUCUCGCUCGACCAGCCCGGGGCCUCACUGGCGCAGCGACGCUCCUCACAAGACCCCUGACCGACGGACCCUGGAGACCCCCUCCGCCUCGUGUUCCUCCGGCCGGCAGGGCCGCUCCCACCCGGCCCUCAUCGCCCCCGGCAACGAGCCGGACCCCGGCGCCGGGCGGCCCCUGCUGCCCCGACCGCCCAGGGACCGCUCAGAGCCGCGCCAGUUCAACCCCCUCAGGAACAGGGAGACCAUGUUGCCCCUGACAAGGCGUCUCUCAGGAGACAGUGACUCCUCGACCACCUCAUCGAAGGGAGGAGGAGGUGGAUGUGGGGGAGGCGCCAGGAGGAGCUUGACAAACUCCUCCCGGCGCUCCGGUGACGAGGUGGUCCUGCUCGUCAACCGGAAGGAGGGGAAACAUGUGAUCGAGAGGCCCGGAGGCGGAGCAGCCUCCGCCCCGGGCCAGCGCCGCCCGAUGCCCCGCGCACGCAGCCAGUCCCGGGAACGCCCCGCCCCCACGUCCAUCCUCAAACCCAUCCCCCCGCAGGGACCCUCUGACGGGCCCCGGAACCCCCGCACAGAGAGGGGCCGCUCUCUGGCCAAUGAGGUCCCGCGUAGACUUCAAGCCGCUCGCUCCCAAAGCCAGGGAAAACCCCCCACCCACAGCCGUAUGAGCGACGCCAGCCCCGGGCCGCACUAUAGAGACCCCCAGCCCCCCCUCUCAGAGAGGAGGGAGGCCAGACAAGUGCCCCCUUCAACCCCUAGGAUAGUGGGAGGCUUCGCCAAGAGGCAGUCUUCCUCAUGUUCCAACUCCCCAGUUAAAGGCCUCCAGAGCAGCAGCAGCAGUAGCCCCAGCAAGAAGACCACCGUGACCCCCAGACCCCCGGCCCCCCGCUCGCCCUCCAUGGGCAGAACCCGCCUCCUGCCGCCGGUGACAUCCGGAGGCCGGCGCGCUCCCCACCCCUCCCCCCGCCACUCCCAUCAUCAUAAUCCCCCUCGCUCCCCCAGGUCCGGACAUGUCCCAGACACCGCCGGUCGAGGCCCGCCCCCCCACAGGGGCUGGUCGGGGGCCGAGGAGGUCGAGGAGGACGGACCGGGCUUUGGCGUCCAGAUGCUGCCCGCUCUGGACCCCCAGAAGGAGCAGGACUUGUACCGCAGCUUUGAGGCCGAGUUCCUCGCCAACACCCAGCGGGGCAGAGGAGCGCCGAGCCGAGGGUCCGACGGAGUCCCUGUCCCCAAGCGGCCACAGCGGGGAGCCGGGGCACUUUCUGUACCGCCAGCGGCCGACCCCAACGUCACUGACUCUGCCUAUUCUUCUUCAAACUCCUCGACGUCCUCCCUGAAUGUUGGCGCUAAAAUGGGAGCUCUGCCGGACCUGAGGGAAUCAAAGAGGCCCAUCCCCCAUCACCUCCACCUGGAGGAGCUCUCCGGCCCACCGCACCGCCAGACCCCCGGAGGGCUGCAGAACGGGAGGCAGGGCGAGCUGGAGCGCUGGGGGGAGCGUGAAGGGACCCUGACGAAGCUCCCGGCUAUCUCCGGCUCUGUGGAGGAGAGGGAGGCCAUGCCCUCGUCUCUGGCUGGCCUCGGAGACACGGAACCCACCACAUCCCCCAAUCAGAUCCCCCCGUUACCGACUUUCAAUUGUAGGAAGCUGAACGGAGGCUCGGGGGGCUGUCCCUCGGGGGAGGUGCUGAGCGACCAUCGGGGACCCCCUCGAUGGGGCUCAGGCCCCGAGGGAGACAUCCCUCUACCGGAACAACAACCAAACCUGCCGUACGACAUGGAGGACGGUGAGCAGGAACACCAGGGUCUCCCUGGCCCGGAGGAAUGCCCUUCUCCAGUGGCCCUGCCCACAUCUGAAGACUGCUCCUACCAGGACUCUUCCAGUGAGAACUCCUCCAUGUGCUUCAGCCUGAGCGAGUCCCACUCAGAGUCAUCUCCUCCCCCCUCGGCCCUGACUAACGGGAACAGCGACGGUGGGGUGGUCCUGCGACCGAAGAAAGGGCAGAAGAAGAGCGACCCCUCCAUCUACAAGCUCAAGCUGCGGCCCCGGACGCGGCCUCGAACCGACAACAGGCCCGACCACAGUCCCUCCCGCAUCCCCACGCCCGUGAGCUACAGAGACCUACAGACUCAGAGGGCCCUCACCCCUCACAGCACACCGCCGGGGUCUCCGCAGGUCGCCCGCUCCAACGGGAGAUCCCUCUCGCACAAGGCCAACAUGAACGACCCCCACUCCCACUCGUCCAACCAGCAGUUCCCCUUCCCUGCACAGCCUGGGGCAGUGGACGCUGAGGCCUGGAUGUAGCUCAUGAUUGUGAUAUUCGAGGGGAUGUUCUCCUCAUGCUUACUACUGUGUGAAGACCACAACUGGAGAGUGACUGGACUUUCGGCUGCUGUUGUUAUUGCAGGUUUUCUGUUUCUUUUUGUCCCCGUUUAGAUGACCCCUGAUCAUAAUGGGGAUAAUAUUUCUUGCAUUCAAGCCAAAUUAUUUAUUACCAAAGUAAUGAUUUGUGAAGUUUGAUUUACAUUCAUUUAAAAUGUUUUAACGUGUAUGGAGAAGGUUUCGCGAACUACAAGGUACUGCACCUACAUCCCUCAUCCACAGUAAUCAGAGGGAUUUGUGUCCGAUUAAUUGGUUGGAAAGAGUGAUUGAGGUAGAGAGACAGAGGAGUGAAAUAGAGAGAAAAGAGAGAGAGAGCAAGACUGAUACUGACAGAAAGAGCAUAUGCAAUAACGUAUGCCUCACUAAGAGGCAUGGUUACAUUACAUGCCAGGGACUCAGAACAUAACCCACAGGCAUUUCAGCCCUUGGAAUACAAUUAAGCGCAAUGGCUCCCUCUUGUGGUUUGCUACAAUAUCUAUUCUUGCCGUCAUAAUCAAAAUACAGGUCAUUAAGCAUUCAAGGCUGACAUUCCACAACAUAAAAAAUGUAUAACAUACUAGUCACCUGUAUCUUCAUCAUCUUUCAGACUUAGUACACUAUAUAUCACAUGUACAGGCCAACCAACUUCUGUACAUUUUAUCUAUUUUCACUGUCACUUGCUCACGGCUUCUCACAGUCUUGGUAAUCCAAAUAGGCAUUUUGCUUCUAGGUUUUUAGGUUGCUGCAGUAAAACACAGUUUAAAAGAUGUCCAAUGCACCCUACCCGUGGAUGGUAGAUAUGUGUUUAGUAUGUCACUGAAAAGAUAAUGCUCUUUAACUUGACUGUACAUGUGUGAACAGCUGUUUAAUGAAUGUGUAAAUAUAUGUGCAAAGUGUAGCUCACAGAAUGUUGUGGGUACUGUGUACAUAACUUCAACAUACAUAAUGUACAUAUUUAUGAUAUACAGUCGCUGCCUUAGCUAUGCAAUGUUGGUGUUGAAAAUGCCUUGACAAUUCCCCUUGCCUUAAGACAUUCUAGCAAUUUUUUUUUUUUCUCCAAUAUUGAGAUCUUUGCCAUUUUUACUUAAAAUGACAUGCAUCCCAUUUAAUUCUGAUUGUGGAAUGAAUUAGUAAAUAGAUUUUCAGUUUGUAAUGAUCAACAUACACAUUUGUUGUAAUCACUGAAUUCCAUCUAAUCUGUCCCUUAAGAUGAGUUAUCAGUUUGCAAAUAAUAAUAAUACUUGAGAGGAAAGGUUAUUUUUUGAUGAUUUUUUUAAUGAGGACCAUAUUUGCAUAAUGACAUGGGUGUGGAAGUUGCGUUAUUAACAGGUUUAGGAUCUAGGACAUGUCUUUGCAGGUCGAAAGGUGGGAAUUGCAUUGUAAGGCUUAUUUGGAAGGUCAUACCUUCAAAAUAAUCUAACUUUUUAUCUUUUUAAAGAGCUGCAUGUAUUUCUUUCAUAUUUUAUAAAGCUUUUCAAAUGACUGAUGUAAAAUUGUUAAAUAGAUAAAAUUGCUCCAUCAAAUGUUAGCAAACCAUUUGACACGUUUUGGAGACAAUUUGAAAACAAACGAUGAAACGGAGCCGGACAGCAAAUCUAAAGGGGGAAAGUUACCAUGUGUUCUCAUGUAAAUAUUAUUUAAAUAAUAAUCAGGUUAUAACUUCAGAAAAGAGUGGGGAUGUUGUGUUGAUCUUAUUUAUUUAUUUAUGAAAGGAUAUAGCAUCAUGAGUAUGUUUGGAGUGUUGUAAGUAUGUAAGAGAAGGAAGGUCUAAUAUGUGUCUACUGUAUACGAUCCAAAGGAUGGCUGGUUGCCACAACAACAAAUGGUGGAUUCAUUCGGCAAACAGGCAUGUUUGCACUACUUAGAUUGUUCAAAGACAUGUUCUUUUGACUGUUUCAACAGCAGCUUCUUCAAAUACCAAGUUGAGUUGACGCUCAUCACUGUCCCAAACCCAGGAUCCCAAUAUGGAAUUAUAUUACAUGCAAACAUCUAAACUUUCAAAAUGGCUUUCAAUGUUGAAUUGGCUCAAGCUAAAUUAUUUGUUCAGAAAACCCCUUGAGUGAAUUCAUCUUGCUUACCCACUUGUGGUCCUUCUCACUAUUUCCCUAAAGGUCUUAAAAAAAAAAGAAUGUUCCUGGCCAACAUGAAAAGUAAUUUGUUUUUUUGCUAUAAUCUUUAUCUUCUCUAAAACAUUGGUUCAAUGUAUUAAGUGCUUGACAUUGUGAUAUUUGUAUGCAUUAAAUAGCAAUACUGCAAUAGCAUUGUUUUCAAGAUGCUGCCAAGAUGAAAUGGUGUUAAAUUGUAAUAAAUAUUUUCCUCUGAAAUGCAA